AUGGACACUGGAAGCGUCAUGACAUGGGUGCAAUGUGAAGGUUGUGAUCCUUGCUUACCCCUAUUGCAACCCAAUUUCCCAUACAAACGAUCUCAGAGUUAUAGUUCUAUUCCUUGUGGUCACAAAGACUGUCCAACUCCAGAAUGGGAUUGCCAUGGACAGUCUUGUGGAUUCAAAGUACGCUAUGGGGAUAUUAACCAUGGACCCAUAACGAGGGGAACCAUUGUAAGAGAGACCUUAGCCUUCGCUUCUGAUAUAUCUAGAGGAGCUAUAGUAUCUUAUAGCAAUUCAUUCUUGGGUUGUGGCUUACAUAGCUCCAACUAUGGGUUUCCAACAGAGAGUACUGUUGCUGGGAUUUUGGGCUUAGGGCCUGGAGGCUAUGGAACAAAACCCAUAUGGAAGCAAGUAGCCAAAAAAUGCUUCUCUUAUUGCUUAUUUAUCUCUGAACAUGCCAAUUCAAAGUUAUAUAUUGGAGGUGAAAGGAUGAGAUCAGCCCUCUCUGGUGGUUGCGCCAUAGAUACAGGAGCUCCAAUGACUUCACUAGUUGCUAAUAUUUAUGCACUUGUGAGAGCUAGUUUUGUUCGGUACUUUGCACAGUAUGGUAUUCAACCAUUUGGUAGUCGAGGUAGACCAAGCAAUUUGCCUGAUUUAGAUCUUUGUUUCCCAAAGCCACCUAGUUUUAAUAGGUUUCCAACUAUGACUUUCCAUUUCAGAGAAGCUAAUCUUGUUGUGCAGUCCACCGGUAUAUUUUCAAUGGGGACAAAUUAUAUUUGUGUUACAAUUAAACCAGCCACUGAAACAUUGAUUGGAGCGCAUCAGCAAACGCAACACAGGUUCUCCAUUGAUUUUGAGUUGGGAAAUAGAGUCUUCUUUGCUCCUGAGAAUUGUGGAGCUACUACUUAA